AUGGAGGCUGAGAGAAAGCUAUCGGCAGAGGCUGGGUCCAUACUCCAGGAAGGCAUAGGAUUGGUUCUGUCUCGGUGGUCAGCGCUCCAAUUGGCUGUUGAGAACGAGUGGGGUGGCCGUGACUCGCGCCUGAAAGCGGAGCAACUCAUCACCGAUAUCUUCUCCUGGUUCAAUCACUCCAAAGAGCCUCUUUACAUAGAUGAUUUAGAAGAUAUGCUGAAUGAAGCUAUGCUUUCUCUCAACACUAUGACAGAGGAUGGCAGCAUUGAGGAGGUUGCUGAAAAGUUAAUGAUUAUGCAUGAAGAAUGUUUAGACUGUAAUUUCAAGUCUAUUGAAAGCCUAAGGGAAGCCAAUCAUCGAAGAGUUGCUGUUCCUCAUGUUAGAGAGGUUGCAAAUGAUGACGACGAUAGUGAUGAAGAAAAUUAUGAUAGAGAUCAUUGCAUGGGAAAUGAUGAUUCCUCAAACAUGAUGAUGGUGGACACACCAGAGUCUCAUUCAAAUGUAAAUGUUGUAAGCAUGUCAGACAGUGAGCCAAAGCCCAAGCUGGCUGCCGAAGCAGAAGAUGGAUGGGAAGUAGUUGGACCAAGACGACAUAAGGGUAGAAGGAAUUAG